CCGAUAUGGGACAGAUUUGCACCGCCGGAGCCUUUACGCAACACAGCUACAAUGUAAUGGACUUUUAAUUCCAAAACUCAUUUAAAAGAGUUGACAAGCCGGUGCAGCAAGAACAUAUUACAUUAAACUAACCGCUGACCUGAUAAAUAUUGUUCCUGCAAAGCGUAUGGACGUCAACAAUCUUGCGCGAGCCUAGUAGCUAGCCUCCUGUAAAGCUAGCUAUCUAGUCAGUUAGCUUGUUAGCUAACAACACUCCCCUAGUCGCCGUCUAUUUUUAGUGCAAUUAAGCAGCUAUUUCCAGACAAAGGCGUCACCCUCUUACGACCUGUAAAGUCAUUAUUGUCUCCCAUGAUCUCGUUAAGUUAGCUAAUCAUUUGUACAAAAUGUCAACGACAUCGUUGGAUAAGGAAUUGCAGGAGCGCUUAAGAGAGGCGUCUGCGAUUGGAGAUAUCGACGAGGUGCGGAUUUUAGUGGAAAGCGGAGUAAAUGUCAACUCUCAAAACGAAAUAAACGGAUGGUAAGUGUGUCUAAUACCAAUAUGUAUAUAUAUUAAACUUAAACACAAGUUGAUAAAUAACAUGUAAGGUGAUUAUUGAUUGAUCGAUUGAUUGUUGGUGAUAAAAUGCUGCCUGCGCAAUGUUGACAACGUGCAAUACAACGGCAUGUCUAAUGUCACAAUUUCAUGCUGGCCUAAGAAGAAUAGUGUGUUAUCUAAUUAGGGCUAGAUGGCAAUCACCUUUAACUGCAAGUGAUGCAAAUAUACCCCCGCGUUGGUUCUCAAGUAUGACAAUAAAAAUGAACAAGUAAAUGUUGGCUGCAAGGUGCAAAUAUUUGCAUAGGUAAAAUAGGUGAACACUGUACUUCAUCUGGAUCUACCUCCAGUAACUACUGUAUCAUUCACAAUGACUGUUCCCACAUUGGCUGUUUGACAUUGCAUGAUGAUGGCUCAUUCAAUCUUUCUUCAACAUUAUGAAUAAUCCCAGAGCAGACCAUUGACUUACUUUAUUCAUUGUCUCCUAUUCAGGACAUGUUUGCAUUGGGCAUGCAAGAGAAACCACAAACAGGUUGUGUCGUACCUGCUGAACUCUGGAGCUGACCAAGAGAUCCUCACAGCUAAAGAUGAGCUGGCUGUCCAGCUGACCUCUAAGCCAGAAAUCAGAAGACUGUUAGGAGGUAAAUGUCCCAUCAUCACUUCACCACUCCCCCAGUUAUUACUGUUUUUGUGUUAAAAUUCUCUUAAACAUUCUCAUGCAAUAUCUGUAUAAUAGCUGUAUUUUGGGUAUAAUUACUAUUCACCCCUAAGCACUAACCUUAAGCCAGUUAUUUGUGAUUUACCUGCUCAUAGUUAGGGUCACAAUUUGGGUAAUGAUCUUAGAUGGAGGCUUUUCACAGUAUGCUCUGGCCAUGUCAAUGUUCAAGGUUCUCCCCAGUUAAAUGUAGUGUCUUAUGUAUAUUUUCACAGUUGAGGAGGAGGAGGAAGUGCCUGAAAUCAAGGAGCCUGAGUUGCCAAUCAUCCCAAACUACCUGUCCAACCCGCCAUUCAUGUAUAGUAAGAUGGACAACAAGGCUGAGCUGAUAUUGGCACAGUUGACCCAAAAUGGCAAUGGAGACCACUCAUCAGAGGACCCACACAGCGACCCAGCUUCCCUGUCGCCCACCCACGAGCAACAGCUGCCUCAGCAAUCGCAGAGCCUACUCUCUGACACCCCGAGCCCGAGGGAGGGGGCCUUCAUUCCAAUGGCAGAGCAGAACGGAGUGUCGCCGAGCCCUGCCUCGUCUCUCACCGUCAACGGAGGCCUGCCUAUGGACCUCUCCAUGGAGCCCCACCUGGUCAACCAUGGGGAGUACCCACACUCGGUGGCCCAUAAUGGGCCUGUGUGCUCUCCUCCCUUGCCCUCCCCCAGCCCCAGCACCACCAGCAGUAGCAGCCAGGCCCAGGUGGCUAACGCUAACCCAUCCAUGACCCGGCAGCAGUCCAUCCCUCAGCAGCUCAACUGUGGCCAGGGGGCUGGGGGUAACAUGCCUGCCUUCCAGCCUUUCUUCUUUACCAGUACAUUCCCUGUCAACGUGCAAGGUAAGGACGGUCCCCACACUGCACUUGCUUUUGAUGUUGUGCUGUUGAUGUUGUGUGACGUGUGUUUGUCUCUAAUGUUGUGGUGUUCGAUCAAGCAUUGAUUUGAGUCAACAACAGCAGAGCCUUUUUGGAGCUAAUCCCAUUGCGUGUUGAGCCUGUUUUAUCGCCACUCUGCACUUUCAGACCCAUUAUCCAAUGCUUUCUCCCCCUUGUGUGUGCCUGAAUGUGCCCCAGAUACUGAGUGUUCUUUCUACUGCAUCUCACGCACUGAAGUAGCUAACUUUAUGUCAUUGGUGUUUCUGUCUCUCUCUCCCAGAACUGGUCCUAAAGGUGCGCAUCCAGAACCCCAAUGCGCGGGAGAACGACUUCAUCGAGGUAGAGCUGGACAGACAGGAGCUGACCUACCGCUCGCUGCUCCGGGUGUGCUGCCGCGAGCUGGACAUAAGCGCCGAACACGUGGAGAAGAUCCGCAAGCUGCCCAACACCAUGCUCAGAAAGGUAUGGGAAUGGCAGUAACACGCACACAUCGGAAGGGUGAUGUUGUAGGUGGCUCUGGUACUCAAACUGGAUGCUUCUAACUCAAGUGGUUGAGCAGUAGCACUGUGAACCCUGAGGCUGCAGCUACCUUUCCACUCCACUAACCAGCUCAAUGGAGCGAGCAGGGCAGGGCCAGGCACCACUAAUGAAAGAUGCAGGGCAGGCAGGAACACUCCUAGACACACACCUCAUAGGCCCAACAGUUCACUGUUCUGUUAGGUUAGGUUGGAGCACCACACUGUUCUGUUAGGUUGGAGCACCACGCUGUUCUGUUAGGUUGGAGCACCACACUGUUCUGUUAGGUUGGAGCACCACACUGUUCUGUUAGGUUUGAGCACCACACUGUUCUGUUAGGUUGGAGCACCACACUGUUCUGUUAGGUUGGAGCACCACACUGUUCUGUUAGGUUGGAGCACUACACUGUUCUGUUAGGUUGGAGCACUACACUGUUCUGUUAAGUUGGAGCACCACACUGUUCUGUUAGGUUGGAGCACCACACUGUUCUGUUAGGUUGGAGCACCACACUGUUCUGUUAGGUUGGAGCACUACACUGUUCUGUUAGGUUGGAGCACUACACUGUUCUGUUAAGUUGGAGCACCACUGUUCUGUUAGGUUGGAGCACUACACUGUUCUGUUAAGUUGGAGCACCACUGUUCUGUUAGGUUGGAGCACUACACUGUUCUGUUAAGUUGGAGCACCACUGUGUGCUCUAAGAUUAGAAACCCUGAUGACUGCAGCUUGAUGAUGGAAUGAUGGUCACCCAUUAUUACAAUUUUAAUAAAUCAUUUGCAUGAGAGCGAGAGUGUGUGUACAGCUCUAUUAUUUUCUUAUGAGUUAGGGCCACACAGUGUGUGGAGAAAAUGUACGUUGUCACAAUGGUUUUGAAGUUUUGGGUUGAUUAUGCUGUUUGCAAGUUCAUUGAUUUGAGCUACAUUGUGUUCCAUGGCACACAGUAGUCCCAUCUUGCCAUGCAUGGGUGGAUUUGAUAUGAAAACAAUGUCACCCAUCCAGUUAUGAAGGGAGCUGUUGUCACAUUAUGUAAUCCCAGAACAACUACUGACUAAGACUGCGACCUACAAAACACACACACACACCCACUCACUCUAGAAGAGAUUACUUCUCUUAUAUCCUCCCACCUAAUGUCUGUCAGUCGUGUGUGUGAUGAACGAUGUAUGUACUCAUUUUUGUACCGUAAUCACUACAAACAAUUGGCCCUUUUGGGGACAAUAAAGAUUUGUUUUAUUGAAUGUAACUUUAUUAUUCCCAGGACAAAGACGUGGCUCGGCUGCAGGACUUCCAGGAGUUAGAGGUGGUGCUGGAGAAGGCUGAGGGCCUGGCACUCCUCUCUGGGGCGGGAGGCCUCACCGACAGACCCUGCUACAACAUGAAGGCCUCCAGACUCACCUACUAGAGAUCAACAGGACUAACAGACACACAGACAGACGCUGAUGUCCAUGUGGACCCUACUAGCUCUCUAUUGGCCGUAAUAGCUACUAUCGUUUAGUCAAUUUCAUUGCAGUAUGAUUCGGUGUCGUUCAGCCAGCGUUAUUGAGGUUUGUUUCAAAAUCCUGUUGUGUUAGCUAGGUAAUGUGGUCGUCCUCCUCGCCAUGCCUCUCUUUGCCUUGCUCCCUGCCAGUCUGUGUCCCCAUGCAGCACUCGCUAACCGAUUACUCAUGCAUCAUGUCCUCAGUUAUAUACUGAAGAAUUUGGGCCUCCUUCCCUCGCUCUCCCCUCCUCUCUUCCCCCUGUCCCACUCUCUCUCUCUCAUCCCUCUCUAGUUUGUUGUGUCGGGCUACAGUGGAACAUUGGCGUUGAGGGACAGUGACAGUCUUCCAAGAUGGCUUAACUUAUGUACUGUACAUGGAUCCCUUUGUACUGGGCAUUAGUCAUAUAUGUACUGUGGACUUGGCUCAUGGAUGAUGAGGGGGUUGAUAAGAGUAGAGGCCAUUUGAACAGCUCUUCUGAUAUAGGCCUACUGCUCUUAUCAGUCCAACAUGGGCAGCUUAGUACAAUGUUGCGACACAGCUGACUUGCACACAGCAACAUGCAGUACUGCCUCUUGCUUUGGUGGACAUAACAGGUGGCUGCUGACGUUCCAACUGGCAUUCACACACAUUCUGCAGACUGUAUACACACACACACACUCAGUCAUACUCCCACACUUCAGUGGUAUUUCCAAAUGGUUGCCCACAUUAUCACACUACCCUGUUUAUUUGUUCUUAGGUGGAUGCCUGAUGGAGCUAUUUAUAGAGAUGUUGCUUUGUGCCACUGAGGUUCAGUAAUCUAAGAGGGAGUGGGUGUGAGUGCUGUCUCUUGCCAGUUGAGAAGUUUGUGUUAGUUUUGUGGAACUGUUUGUUGUUAUGUGUUCAGUAAGCAAACAGAUGCUUCAAGUUUCAUCCAUAUUGUUAAGACAGUGGCUCUGUUUCUUAAAGAACUGUCUUCGUUAGGUGGAAGAUAACAGCCUUCUAACAGAUGCUAUGGUUAGCUAGCUCCACAGACACCGUCUGGAUUUCAAUCAAACACCCAAUGUGGAAACAUUAUUAAUUGCUCCUGCUCUAUGAUAAACAAACAUUUUUUAUUAUACAACGUUUACUUGCUGAAACGGAACAAAACUAAUUGAGAUUAACAUGUAUUUGGUGCAGGGGCAAUAUUCAUAUUUUCUACAAUUUGGUUGAAUGUUUGUGUGUGAGGGGUUAUUUUUAAUGUAACAGUUAUUGGGUAUAAUAUUCAACUGACACUUUCAACUGUGAAUGAAAUUAAUCGUAGACAGUUCCUAUAGAGUUAAGGUAUUAUUGAUUUAAGCAGAAACCGCUAGGUGCACUUUAGGGGAAGUAUAUUCCCAGCACAAGUGGAGGUUCCCCUAAAAUGAGGAUGUUAAACCAUUUUUGGAUUGCUUCACUUAAGAUAUUUCCAUUUACUGUGAUUAGAUCAAAACCAAAUACAAACCUAGACAGAAAAAUAGUCUGGUUCUCCACAAUAGAUUUAUCAAUCAUAAAUGUCCUAUUUUUGAAUUGCUGUAUAAAAUGUGUUUUUGUUUUGUUUUUCGGAACGAACUGAAUGAUGUGGCAAAGGAUAGAUUGAAAGGAUUGUUUGCGUUUCAUAAGUUUGUGACACAGCUGUUAUGUUUGAGUGCUUCCAUAACACUUUCCCCAAGCAAUUCUCCCCAAGCCGUUGGUUCUAUUGUACAGUGCAUUUGGCAUAAUACACCAAUUCAUACUGCUCUGUCAGAACGUUUAAACAUAUAACCUACAUUAACAUGUAAGCUAGCUAGAGAUCAAAUGUUUGUUCUUGAGGGGUCCCCGGGUUUAACCUACUGACAUUUUACUUUUGUCAAGUUAUGGUGUUUGCUACUUAUUUGUUUGAGUAUAAAUGAUGAUUCAUACACAAGAAUGCAAAUGUUAGCAUUGAAGCUGAAUGAGAGUGCGUUGAUUGAAAAGAUUACUGCUUAAUGACAAACACAUUUGGUCAUAGAAGACUAAGACCCUAACAUGUCUUAUCAGUUCUUCAUGCUAGUUACAUUCAGUUCAACAGUACAGUCAGUGCCCCACUGCAGAAGUUUAUAAACAAUCAAGUCAGUUACUAACAAAGCUGUUAAUUGUUUACUGUUCAAAUGUAUACCUUAAGCUCUGACUGUCUUAGUAUGUUAUUGAUUCUAUAUUUUUUAUUAAUUGGUAAUUUCCUUUUUUAACGAGCAAUUUCUUUCGUUUGUAUCGAUGCCUACAAGUAUGGAAAGCGUUUAUCAAUGGGGGGGAAAGUGAAGGUAGGUUGCAGCUAGGAUGAAACCAAGUGCAAAGCCACAGUAUCUGCUGUGUUGGGAAUGAGUUUAGUGUAAAUGUUGAAGAAAUACAAUAAGAAAGACUAACUUGAACAUGUCAAAUGGACUAUCAAGAGAGAAUUUGGUGUUCCUAACUUUUUAAUGCUUUUUAAGUGAUGUUGUGCCACGAGAGUGAGAGGUACUUGGUUGAAGAAGCUGGGCGAUGGUGUUUGAAAUGCCUACGGCCAUUUUGUGCCCGGUGUUCUAGACCUACAGUCUUCUAGAAUGUUCCAGAAUUGUUACUGGUUCUGUGCGAAUGGAAGACUAACAUUGUACUGAUUGAUUGCUCAUGUUCUAGAGGAAGAAUACAGUCUAACUUAACCUAUGCAUUCAGAGUCUGAUAUUUUUAUAGGUCCUGUGUACCUUUGAUAAAUUCCUUAUAGGCACUGUUUAACUUGUGUUUGAUUGUGAAGACCUGUACCUGUUCUUUGAUAAAGCAUGGUGGAUUACUUGAUCAAUCUUUCCUUUUCUCUGAAAUUGGUUGUUAUAUCAAAGGAUGAGAUGGUAAUUAUGAAUAUGGCAGAGAACUGAAAUGGAGCCUCAUCUGUUUCUGC